GUUUCCACCUAGCUGUUUUAGGCCUUAGGUAGGCCUUAGGUAGGCUUUGCAGCUCAGGAUGGCCUCUGACUGGAAUAGAUGUUGGCAGCCAGAAUUUCCAGGUGUUCUUUUCGCUUGGGAUGAAACAAAAACAAGGUGCUUCCGUCCGAACUUUGACAGGUCCCAAUCCAAUCCAAUCCCAAUAUAAAUCUCCCUCCACCCCCCUUCCAACCAUACAUUCCACCACUGCCCUUCUUCCUUUUGCUCUCCACAUCAAAUCUCAAGCAUUUGCACCGCUUGAUACAAAUAAUAGCAUACGUGCACGUCUACAUUUUCUCCCCUCAAUUCCUUUCACGCCAGCAAGAUGUGGUACGUAAACACCCCUCCUUUCAGCUGCUCAACCUCAACCUCAACCUCAACCCCCCUGUUGGCAGGACACCGCUAACUUCUCUCUGCAGUGGCAUUUUCGGAUAGUACGUGAAGACCUCUGUCGUCGAUCCCUCUCGAAAUACUAAUAGUCUUUAGCAUCAAUUACUUGGUGGAGAAGGACAGAAAGUACAUCCUCGAUACCCUAGUGAACGGUCUUUCCCGCCUCGAAUACCGUGGAUACGACUCAGCUGGUCUUGCGGUCGACGGUGACAAGAAGAAUGAGGUUUUCGCAUACAAGGAGGUUGGCAAGGUAAUUAAGCUAAAGGAGCUCAUUGCUGCCGAAAAGCCAGACUUGACCAAGGUCUUCGAUUCACACGCCGGUAUUGCACAUACCAGAUGGGCCACUCAUGGUCCCCCAUCCAGAGUCAACUGCCACCCUCACAGGUAAAUCCUCUUUCUUCAGCUUACAAAGCUCUGCUAACGGGAUCAUUCAGAUCCGACCCUAACUGGGAGUUCUCUAUCGUACACAAUGGUAUUAUCACCAAUUACAAAGAGCUCAAGACCCUCUUGACAGCAAAGGGAUUCCGUUUUGAGACCGAGACCGAUACCGAGUGCAUUGCCAAAUUGGCCAAGUACCUCUACGACCAACAUCCAACAAUCGGCUUCACGGAUUUGGCCAAGGCAGUCAUCAAGGAGUUGGAAGGUGCUUUCGGUCUUUUGAUGAAGUCUGUCCACUAUCCACACGAAGUUAUUGCCGCCAGAAAGGGUUCUCCUCUCGUUAUUGGUGUUAGAACCGAGAAGCGAAUGAAGGUUGACUUUGUCGAUGUCGAAUACACCGACGACGGAGCACUUCCAGCCGAGCAGGCUUCUCACAAUGUUGCUAUCAAGAAAUCGAAUGUUGGAAACUUCCUCUCCGCCGGCAACCUCCUUGCACCAGCAGACAAGUCCCUUUUGCACCGCUCUCAAUCAAGAGCUUUCAUGACCGAUGAUGGAGCACCAAUGCCAACCGAGUUUUUCUUGUCCUCGGAUCCAUCUGCCAUUGUCGAGCACACCAAGAAGGUGAUGUACCUCGAGGAUGACGAUAUUGCCCACAUUCACGAGGGUUCUCUCAACAUCCACAGACUUACAAAGGCUGAUGGAUCUUCUAAUGUGCGAACAAUCCAAACUCUCGAGUUGGAGUUGCAAGAGAUCAUGAAGGGCAAAUUCGACCACUUUAUGCAAAAGGAAAUUUUCGAGCAGCCAGAGUCUGUUGUCAACACAAUGAGAGGUCGUCUCGAUGUUGAGAACAAGCAAGUUACCCUUGGUGGCUUGAGAUCCUACAUCUCCACCAUCCGCCGAUGCCGACGAAUCAUCUUCAUCGCCUGUGGAACCAGUUAUCACUCUUGUAUGGCUGUUCGUGGUGCUUUUGAGGAGUUGACCGAAAUCCCAAUCUCUGUUGAGUUGGCCUCCGAUUUCCUCGACAGACAAGCACCUGUGUUCCGUGAUGAUACCUGUGUCUUUGUAUCCCAAUCUGGUGAAACUGCUGACUCACUUAUGGCCUUGAGAUACUGCUUGGAGCGAGGUGCCUUGACUGUUGGUAUCGUCAAUGUUGUCGGUUCAUCUAUUUCUCUUCUUACCCACUGUGGUGUCCACGUCAAUGCUGGACCAGAAAUUGGUGUUGCAUCGACAAAGGCUUACACUUCCCAAUUCAUUGCCAUGAUCAUGUUUGCGUUGUCAUUGAGUGAGGACCGAGCAUCUAAGCAAAAGAGACGCGAGGAUAUUAUGGAGGGUCUAGGAAAGAUUUCCGAGCAAAUCAAGGAGAUCUUGAAGCUUGACCAGCCAAUCAAGGAACUCUGCGCCAGAACUUUCAAGCACCAAAAGAGUCUGUUGCUCCUCGGAAGAGGUAGCCAGUUCUCUACUGCCCUGGAGGGUGCUUUGAAAAUCAAGGAAAUUUCUUAUCUUCAUUGCGAGGCUGUCAUGUCUGGAGAACUUAAGCAUGGUGUUUUGGCUUUGGUCGACGAGGACUUGCCUAUUAUCAUGAUUCUUACUCGUGAUGAGAUCUUUGCAAAGUCACUCAACGCUUACCAACAAGGUAUGCCAGUGUCUCAUUCUUCUUUCUGUCAUUCAUUUACUAAUAUUCUAUAGUUAUUGCCCGUAGCGGUAAGCCAAUUGUCAUCUGCAACCCAGAUGACGAGGAAUUCCGUGGUGGAAAGGCCGAGAAGAUUGAGAUCCCAAAGACUGUCGAUUGCCUCCAGGGUCUGCUCAAUGUUAUUCCUCUUCAACUUAUGGCAUACUGGCUUGCGGUUGCUGAGGGACUUAACGUUGAUUUCCCACGUAACUUGGCCAAGUCCGUUACUGUCGAAUAGAUAUCCCUUCAUGUUGAUACUGGAGCAUUUGGUCCAGCGGGUUCUUUUGGUUUUUGAUAAUGAUUAGCGCGCGUUCUCGGGGGGAAAAAUGGGCCAUUUGUUUUGGUGUUUUUACAACUAGGUAUGGGGGAACAUGAAAAUAAAGAAUGACAGGAAAGAAUGAUUGACAUGCCUCUUUUUUGCCUCUUUGUUCUUUUCAUGAUUUCUCAUGUCUAUUAGAUACGGGCAUCGUCGUGAUUCCUUUUUGGAGGGCGGAAGCAAAUGUAUUCUACACGUUAGCUGGCUCUCAUAGGCGUCUAGAAAAAGUAAUCUUCUUGAGAAACCAA